AUGUUAUCAAGUAAAGCUCAUACACCAGGCACAGUAACUGUUGAUACAUUUACAUUUGAUAAGAUUCGAGAAAAUUUUAAUGUUGUUCUAGCUAAAUUCGAUGAUAAAUAUCCUUUUGGUGACAAAUACGACCAAUUUAAAAAAUUUGCUGAAAAUGUUGUUAAUACAAAAAAUCUUCUUGUUGUUGAAAUUCCAAUAACAGAAUAUGGUGAUAAAGAAAAUCAACAAUUAGCUAAAGAAUAUGAUGUUAAAAAAGUAGAUUAUCCUGUAUAUAAGUUAUUUCUUAAAGACAAAUCUAAACCAAUCGAUUAUACCGGUGAUAAAACUGAAGAUGAUCUGAAACGCUUUCUUUCACAACAUACAAAUCUUUGGUUUGGUUUACCUGGUACAAUCGAAGAAUUGGAUCAUCUAGCUCAAGAAUAUUUUUAUGCAUCAUCAAAUAAUGAUGUAAAUACCCAAAUGUCAUUAUUAGAAAAAGCACGUGAACAAGUCAAACGAUUAGUCAAUGAGAAAGAAAAAAAAAGUGGUGAAUCAUACGUAAAAAUCAUGGAAUCAAUCAUUAAACAGGGUACCGAAUUUCUUAAACGGGAAAGACGACGUGUCCAAAAUCUUCUCCAAGAAAAGAUCACUAAUGAAAAAAAAAAAGAAUUCCAACAUCGUGCAAAUAUUCUUCUCUCAUUUAAAUCAUUGAAAGAAUCAAUAACUGAUACGAUUGAUGCUGUCAAAGAGAAUGUUGUGAAUACUGGAAAAUAA